ACCGUUGCGCAGCUGGCAGUGUGUCUCGUGCAGUUACCGGCGUGAGGUGUACACAGUAGCUUAGUAGUGUGCCGCUGCUCGCUCGCUACUGUCUGCCAGUAGUGUCGGAUACUGGGAGGCACCGAUGGUUGGCAGCGCUACUACUGGGGCGGAGUCCCGCAUAGACGACAGGUAGAGGCUGAUAGCGGAGAUGUCUGGGCCCUAGCAUGAAGCGCCAACACCGUAUCAUGGUGCCAGAGGCGUUCAAGGUGUUACCUCCUCUGUCACCAGAGCUUCCGGCACCUCCACGAGCUCCCGCGCCACACCGGGUGGCGCCUCCUGUCAGCCGAAGGGAGAAAACCGCCUUCGUCAUCCUCAACGACGAACGGCCACCUCCUUCUAGAGGCACUUCGCCGAGUGGGAGAGUCAGCCCUUUUAGAGGAAGAGGAUUCAGGGAGGAAACCUCAAGGCAUGCUUCCCGAGAGCCGUCCCCUUCCCCUGAAACUGCCAGGAAGAACCCUCCCAGGAGCAGAUCCAGGAGCAGACUUCCGGUAGCGGCUCCUCGGACUCAGAACGGUACCAGCACCUCCAGCAGUCCUGUUAGAGGGAACGCUUCCGGGAUACCGAAACCUGUCAACAGACGGAACUCACUGUCACCGAACAGGGCUGCACAAGUUAUCAACCAGAAUAACCGAAAUAAAGCACUCACGUCACCCAACCAUCCGGUUAAGUCCUCAAAUAAGACGGGAAUCCAGUCGCCACAACAUGUGACGAAAGCUAUCAUAUCUUCCAAAAGGGUGGGUCCAACGAACAGCGUACGUAACGGUAAUUCCGUGGCCACGAAGCCUCCUUUACCCAGAGCCAACCAGCCAGCUCAGAAGGAAACCGAGAAAAAGAACAACCUGACGUCACCCUACAGACGACGUCCUCAGCCGAACAAACCGGACGUGACCCGAUCCCCAUCCAGAAUUCCCCGGACAAGAAGCAUAUCCAGAGGGAGAGUGGCCAACGUGAGACCAUCAUCUCCGCACACUUCCCCACAGAGAGCGUUGGUCAGGCAUUCUCCCAGGGUUCAGGCAAAGAUAAAUGGAGAGAAGAAAAAAACAGGUAAUGGUUCGAACGGUGAAAACAAAACCUCUCCAAGCGGCGAAAUUUUCCACCGAAAAUGUUGA